AUGGUUGAAAUUAAACGCACGGAUAUCCCAUCCUCCAGCUCCAGCUCCAAGCCUGAGGACGAGGACAAGUACCGUCUGGUAUACAGCAAAUCGAAAGUCUAUGUCAAUCCAACGGCAUAUGCUAGGGACAACAUCCCAGGCUUUGUCGCCCUUGUGAAACGGGAAGUAGCAAACCCCAUAUACCUGCUUGCCUGGAUUCCGGAAUCGUUGUUGAAUGAGAGAGGCACGUCGGAGUGGGACAAGUUUGUGAAGAUAGAGGAGAACUCGGCGUCUGAAGACGAUGAAGACGUUGUCCUCAUUGAUCUUCCGUUUCAACGACCUGAAUCUUACGCUUUCUCGGUUCCUCUUACCUCGAUAUACUCCCUUAUUGUCCACCCACCAACCCUCUCAUCCUGGUAUGGCUCAAUCGGUAUAAAUUUAAUAAAUGGCGACACACUUCCAACGCUCCACUUUCAUGACGAUGAAUCCAGCUCAUUUACUUCACAAAGCCCUCGUUCUCCAUCAAGUGGAGGUCGUAAUGUGACACCAUAUCCUCCACCGCCUAGCGAAGGAUCAUCCCAUGUCCCAAAACCAGUCAAUACAUGGGGAGGCGAAGAUCUUCUUUCCCGUCUGCGGUUUUAUGCGCACAUUCUACGUUCCACCCUUCAACCGUCUUUGUUUCUGGUCGAUCCAUCUCGUGCCGACAUUGAAGCACACAGCACACAGAUAUUCGCUGACGAUGCCGUAGAUGAUAUUCUUGCACAAUCAUCCUACGCAAACUCACAUUCUCCCGUUCCUGCACACCGGCGACCAAGGCCACUGUCAUCUCCCCCAAUCCCCCCGAACCCUUACUCUCAUCGGUCUUCCGUGUUGCACCGUUCGCUUGGAUCCUCAACAGCAGCGGCUCAGCCACCGUCGCAGGCACGUAUGGCGUUGCUGCAAUCAUUCUCGAAUAUUACUAGAGCAACACGCCAUGCAGCGCAAAAUAUUCUAUCCCACCCGCUAGCGAAACCGAUAGUGCCUCAUCUCCCCGAUCCAGUGAGAAGUCUUGUGAACGCAAACGGUGAAACGCAAUGGGGAAGCUGGGUUGAGAAGGGUGGGGUGGGCGAAUUUGAGAGUGCUCGCGUGUAUUUGGCUAGAUGGGCGCGAAUUGUGGCUGAAGAAGGUGAACGUGCACGGAGACAGGAGGCCCUUGCUCUUCCAGCGUUCUCUGCUACUGAAUUCACGGAGGAAAGCUCUUCGUUGGGAAUCUUUGAGUUGCUACAUUCAACAUCGAACCUUCCAACCCCAAAGUCUUCUCGGGAUCCCUCUCAUCCUAUCGAUGAGCAGACGUGGUCAAAAUGGUUUGCUGCAGAUGGGAGACCAGUGAUAAGUAUUGAGGAGAUGAAAAGGGAAGUUUUCAGGAGGGGAAUAAGUGCGAAAGGGACAACCCGUCAAAAAAUAUGGCCAUACGUCCUCGGAGUCGUUGAUUGGGAUGUCACUGCCAAAGAGAGAGACGAACGUUGGGAAGAGAAACGACAACGUUAUCAUGCCAUUAAGAGUGAAUGGUGUGGGGUCCCUGACGUCUUCGACAGGUCAGACAUCCUAGAAGAACGACAUCGAAUUGACGUUGAUUGUCGUCGCACAGAUCGUAGCCAACCACUAUUCGCAAUGCCAGCGCAAAUACUAAUUGAUGAUUUGGAUGACGAAAAGGAACUGAAUAAACGCCAUUCCGUGAUAUCUCCAAACCUAAGCGACAUUGGAGCGCAAUCACCCAGUAAUGAACACAUCGAUUGCCUAGCUGGGAUUCUGCUUACCUAUAAUUUUUACGAGAAGGACCUAGGUUAUGUUCAGGGGAUGUCAGAUCUUUGUGCACCGUUAUACGUGGUGAUGGCAUCGGACGAAGAGCUGACGUUCUGGUGCUUCGUCGAGUUCAUGAACCGGAUGAAACAAAACUUUCUCCGAGAUCAAAGCGGGAUGAAGCAACAGCUGUCAACACUGCAACAACUGAUAGAAAUCAUGGAUCCUGAGCUUUUCAGACAUUUAGAGAAAACCGAUGCUCUUAACCUCUUUUUCUGCUUCCGUUGGGUUCUCAUUGCAUUCAAGCGAGAGUUCGCCUUCGGCGAUGUCCUCCGACUUUGGGAGGUGCUGUGGACGGACUACUACAGCCGCGAAUUUGUUUUAUUCGUGGCACUGGCUGUACUAGAAUCUCAUCGUGACAUGAUCCUCCGAUAUCUGGUUGAGUUUGAUGAAAUUUUGAAGUAUUGCAACGAACUCAGCAUGACGAUCGAACUUGAUUCGACGCUGGCGCAAGCAGAAGUGCUGUUCCUCUCCUUUGCUCAAGUCAUUGCCGACAUCGAUCGUCGAAAGUCGGAACAAGCUGCGUCUUCGGGAAACAAUCUUCGGCGUCGAGCAACAACAGACUCAAACCAAAGUGCAAAGGAUUCAAAUCUGGAACUCCUGCAAAUAUCGGACAGACUCAGAGGUCUCCUCGACACUGGUCGUUGA